CGUUAUCUGAUUUCCGCAUCCCAUUUCAAUGGAGGAAACAAACCAGUUUUCUGCAGAAAGGACUGCCAUGGCUGGACUUUUGAAGAGGAAGAAGAAGAAAGGGAUCCAGAGAGCAACACCUUUGAUCAGCCCCUUCUCAAGAGAAGCCGCACGCUUUCAUCGUGUCCAUUAGCCAUGGUUGGAGCCAAGGUUUCACACAUUGAGAGCUUGGAUUAUGAAUCAUUGGAAGCAUAGGAGCAGUCUCUGCAGGGUUGGACCUAGUAAAAGAAGGGCCAUUGGUCCACAUUGGCAGUUGCAUUGCCUCCUUAUUAGGGCAAGGUGGGCCCGAUGAGUACCGCAUCAAAUGGCGUUGGCUAAGGUACUUCAACAACGACAGGGACAGGCGGGAUCUGAUCACGUGUGGCUCGUCAUCAGGUGUAUGUGCUGCAUUCCGUGCCCCGGUUGGGGGUGUACUCUUUGCACUAGAGGAGGUGGCAACAUGGUGGAGGAGUGCCCUUCUCUGGAGGACCUUCUUCAGCACAGCGGUUGUGGUGGUGGUACUUAGGUCCUCCAUGGAGUACUGCAAAUCAAGAGAUUGUGGUCUGUUUGGUAGGGGAGGGCUAAUCAUGUUUGAUGUGAGUGGGGUAACUAUAAAGUAUCAUCUUGUGGAUAUCAUCCCUGUUGCUGUGAUUGGGAUCAUUGGAGGACUCUUGGGUAGCCUUUACAACCAUGUCCUCCACAAGGUCCUACACCUAUAUGGCCUCAUCAAUGCGUAAGCACUCUCACUACACUACGGCAAUGCUUGAAACUCAGGAAAACGUUUUUUUAUAUGUUUUGUUUACAUGAAAAUCUGUUUUUCUUUUUGUUGCAGAAAGGGUAAGCUACAUAAACUGCUUCUCAGUCUCAGCGUUUCACUUUUGACCUCUAUCUGCCUAUACGGACUUCCUUUCCUUGCCAAAUGCAAGCCAUGUGACCCUUCACAAACACAUUCUCCCUGUCCUGCAAAUGGAGGCACAGGAAACUUUAAACGGUUCAACUGCCCGAAAGGUUACUACAAUGAUCUCGCAACUCUUCUCCUAACGACGAACGAUGACGCCGUCCGAAACAUCUUCUCCAUAAACACCCCAAAAGAAUUGGACACGUCCUCCCUUGCCAUCUUCUUUGUGCUUUACUCCAUCUUAGGAUUGGUGACUUUCGGGAUCGCUGUCCCAUCUGGUCUGUUCCUCCCAAUCAUUCUAAUGGGGUCCGCUUACGGCCGCUUGCUCGGCAUUGCAAUGGGGAAGUACACGGACAUUGACGAGGGGCUAUUUGCCGUUCUCGGUGCAGCUUCCCUCAUGGCAGGUUCCAUGAGAAUGACUGUUUCACUUUGCGUUAUAUUUCUCGAGCUAACCAACAAUCUUUUGUUACUACCCAUAACAAUGCUCGUCCUUCUGAUCGCGAAGAGUGUUGGGGAUUUCUUCAACCCGAGUAUCUACGAGAUAAUACUGCACCUGAAAGGUCUGCCCUUCCUAGAGGCCCACGCCGAGCCGUGGAUGAGAAACAUCACAGUCGGAGAGCUUGUGGAUGUGAAACCACCGGUGGUUACUCUGAGAGGGAUAGAGAAGGUCAGGCGCAUUGUGGAGGUGCUCACCAACACGACUCAUAAUGGGUUCCCGGUUUUGGAUGAAAUGGGACGACUUCAUGGGCUGGUUUUAAGGACUCAUCUGGUAUUGAUGCUAAAGAGAAAGUAUUUCUUGGUGGAGAUGAGGAAGACAGAGGAGGAAGAGGUGAGGGAGAAGUUUAGUUCGAUGGAUUUGGCUGAGAGGUGGGGUAAGAUUGAAGAUGUUGGGGUGACCAAGGGCGAAAUGGAGAUGUAUGUGGAUUUGCAUCCCCUUAGCAACACGACACCGUUCACGGUGGUGGAGAGCAUGUCGGUCGCGAAGGCUAAGGUGAUGUUCCGGCAGGUGGAACUCCGGCACAUGAUUGUUCUACCAAGACAUCAAGCAGCAGUCGUGUCUCCUGUUGCAGGAAUCUUGACAAGGCAAGACCUAAGGGCGCAUAACAUUUUGGAUGUCUUCCCUCACCUAGCGAAAACAAAGGGAAGUAAGAAGGGUUUCUGACUAACCAUCCAGAACAAAGCCUUUGGACAUUACUUCUUCUCCGUUUCCUUCAAACUCUCAUUCAUUCAUUCUCUGGGCAAAGUAUAUUAAACAAUGGAAAAGUAU